AUGACAACCACCCAGAAUAUAAUCCCCCAGGUGCUUCUUGCUGCCUACAUUAUAACCUUCUUAAUCGGCCUACCAGCUAAUAUCCUGGCAAUGUACGCUUUUAUUAUAAAGCUCAUCAAAAAGCCCACACCCACAGAUGUCCUCCUGCUGAAUCUGACUCUCUCUGAUCUCCUCUUCUUGGUUUUCCUACCACUGAAGAUGUAUGAGGCGGCAUCGGGCAUGAAGUGGUACCUUUCCCAGGACUUGUGUGCUAUCAUGUCAUUUGUCUUUUUCAGCACCAUCUAUGUCAGCUCACUGUUACUGAUGGCUAUUAGUAUUGACCGCUACUUGGGAGUGGCUUUUCCAUUGACCUACAGAAAAUUUCGCAAGAUUCUUUAUGCCAUCUCUGUCAGUUUUUUUAUCUGGCUGUUCGGUGGUGCACACUGCACAAUUGUGUUUUUUGGCAUCUAUAUGAGACAUGACAACAACACUACAAACAAUCAAACCUGCUAUGAGAACUUCAGCAAUGAACAGAAAAAGAAAGUACUUCCAGUGCGCUUGGAGCUUUUUGUAGUUCUAUUUUUGGUACCUUUAGCUAUAUGCAUGUUCUGUUAUUUUAAAUGCAUCUGGAUCCUUUACCAUAAGCCCUGCAUUACGAAGGAGAAGAAGCAAAGGGCCAUUGGAAUGGCGCUGGGUACCUUAAUUGUCUACUUGAUUUGCUUUUUGCCUUACAACACCUCUCAUUUGGUGGGCUUUCUCGAAAAUCACAGCCCAGAGUGGAGGUACUACACGCUGCUCUUAAGCACCUUGAACGCCUGCCUUGACCCUAUUAUCUUCUAUUUCUCAUCUACCAUGUUUCGCAACACAGCUAAAUUUUAUUUCUGGAAAGUUUUUUCAUUUAAGUGCACACUAGGCUUAAACACCCCUCACAUCCCUCACACCCCACAUACCCCUCACAAUUUGAGCAUUGAGCGAGAUUCUGUCUCUAAUCAUGACCAUGACCAUGACAAUAGCAGCAACAGAAACUUAAAAUAUAUUACAUAA